AUGGCCACCGAAGCGAUAGUUCAGCCCGAUGAGAUUUCGCAAAUUCUCAAGCAACAGCUACUGGGCUUUGAAAAAGAAAUAGACAUAUACGAGACGGGCACGGUGCUCUACGUCGGCGAUGGCACGGCUCGCGUCCACGGUCUAGGCAACGUGCGGGCCACUGAAUUGGUGGAAUUCCCCCACGGCAUUAUGGGCAUGGCCCUCAACCUCGAAGCAGACAACGUCGGCUGUGUGCUCUUUGGCGAGGACACCCUGAUCAGCGAAGGCGACCAAGUAAAGCGCACCGGCCGCAUCGUCGAAGUGCCCGUGGGCGAGGCCCUCUUGGGCCGGGUCGUCAAUCCCUUGGGCGUGCCCAUUGACGGCAAGGGCGACAUCCAGGCUGACGAGAGCUUGCCGGUCGAGCGCAAAGCCCCGGGCGUCAUCGACCGCCAGCCGGUUACCGAGGCCUUGCAGACGGGUAUCAAAAUCAUCGACGCGACCGUGCCCAUCGGCCGUGGCCAGCGCGAGCUGAUCAUCGGCGAUCGCCAGACCGGCAAGACGGCCAUUGCCGUUGAUACCAUCAUCAACCAGCACGACCAAGACGUCAAAUGCAUCUACGUGGCCAUCGGCCAAAGGGCCUCGACCGUGGCUAAGGUGGUGGCCGAGUUGGAGGCCAACGGCGCGCUCGACUACACCAUCGUCGUAUCGGCCACCGCGUCCGACCCAGCGCCCUUGCAGUUUCUCGCACCGUACGCCGGCUGCUUCGAUGGGCGAGCUUGGGCCUACCGCGAGAUGUCCUUGAUUUUGCGCCGUCCGCCCGGGCGCGAAGCGUAUCCUGGCGACGUAUUCUACUUGCAUUCGCGGCUCUUGGAGCGCGCGGCCAAGAUGAACGAUGAAAAGGGCGGAGGGUCGCUGACGGCGCUGCCGGUAAUCGAAAUUCUCGAAGGCGAUGUAUCGACUUUUGUGCCGACCAAUGUCAUCUCGAUCACCGAUGGCCAGAUCCUGCUCAAGCCCGAGCUUUUCUAUUCGGGCAACCGCCCGGCCAUGGACGUGGGGGCCUCGGUGUCGCGAGUGGGGUCGUCCGCGCAGACCAAGGCCAUCAAGGGCGUGGCCAGGACCAUCAAGGGCGACAUUUCCCGCUACAACGAAGUCAAGGCCUUCGCCCAGUUCGGCACGUCGGAUCUGGAUCAAUCCACGCGCAAUCUGCUCAACCGCGGCGAGAAGCUGAUGGAGCUGCUCAAGCAGGGGCAAUACCGGCCGCAAUCGCUCGCGGAAUUGACGGUCUCGCUGUCGCUCAUAGAUCACGUGCUCGACCUGCCUACGGCCGACGUGAGGCGCUUUGAGGAAGAGCUGCUAGCGCACAUGGGCGAUCACCAGUCCGCGCUCAUGGACAAAAUCGGCAAGUCCCGCGAUCUGAGCGACGAGUCCAAGGCCCAGCUAGACGCCGCCAUCGCGGAGUUCAAGGGCCGCUUCCGUCCUUCCGAGGAAUAG